UCCCAUCAUUUCCCCUUUCCUUCUUUACCCUUCACAACACAGACACACCACCUCGUUCCCUUCAAUUCCCACUUCAUAGAUAACAGAGCAGAGUAGAAAAGAAAACCUGUUCCUCACACACUCUCAUUGCUCUGUUUCUGUGAGAAAAAACAGAGCAUCAUGAUGCAGAUUCAGCACCACUUCACUCUCUUCACCAUCUUGUUCCUCUGCCUCACUCUCCUCACAUUCACAGAUGGUGGCUCCAUCGGAGUGAACUACGGCCGCAUCGCCAACAACCUCCCAUCAGCAACCAAGGUAGUCAACCUCCUCAAAUCCCAAGGUCUCAACCGGGUCAAAGUCUACGACACCGACCCGGCUGUCCUCCGGGCCUUAUCCGGCUCCGGGAUCAAAGUCACCGUCGAUCUCCCCAACCAGCAACUCUUCGCAGCAGCAAGAGCUCCCUCGUUUGCACUCCAAUGGGUCGAACGCAACGUCGCCGCUUACCACCCCCACACCCAAAUCGAAGCCAUCGCCGUCGGCAACGAAGUCUUCGUCGACCCACGCAACACCACAAAGUUCCUCGUCCCCGCCAUGAGAAACAUCCACCAAGCUCUUGUCAAACACAACCUCCACCAUGACAUCAAGGUUUCCUCCCCCAUUGCGCUCUCCGCUCUCGGAAACUCCUACCCCUCCUCAUCCGGGUCGUUCCGACCCGAACUGGUACAGUCCGUUUUCAAGCCCAUGCUCGAGUUCCUCCGUGAAACUGGGUCCUAUCUCAUGGUAAACGUCUACCCCUUCUUCGCGUACGAGUCCAACGCCGAUGUCAUCCCUCUCGACUACGCUCUUUUCCGGCAGAAUCCGGGUGUUGCAGAUCCGGGUAACGGGUUGCGGUACUUCAACCUCUUCGACGCGCAAAUCGACGCCGUCUUCGCCGCGCUCUCCGCCUUGAAAUUCAACGACGUCAACAUCGUGGUUUCGGAGACAGGCUGGCCUUCAAAGGGAGACGAAAACGAGCUCGGCGCGAGCGCGGAGAACGCCGCCGCGUACAACGGCGGGCUCGUCCGGAAGAUUUUGACGAACAGUGGGACCCCCAUGAGGCCCAAAGCGGAUCUCACCGUCUAUCUAUUCGCACUCUUCAAUGAAAAUCAAAAGCCCGGGCCCACCUCAGAGAGAAACUUUGGGCUUUUUUACCCUGACCAGAAGAAAGUUUAUGAUAUCCCAUUAACCGUGGAGGGGUUAAAAAGUUACCACGACAAACCCUCGCCGGUGGGUGGCGGUGAAAAACAGCCGGUGCCGUCGCCGGCGCCGGUUUCCGGUGGGGUUUCUAAGAGUACUACUGGGAAUAAUUGGUGUGUGGCGAAUCCUGAUGCGGAGAAGGUUAAGCUGCAGGCGGCUCUAGAUUUUGCUUGUGGUGAGGGUGGGGCUGAUUGCCGUCCGAUUCAGCCCGGUGCCACGUGUUACGAUCCUAACUCGUUGGUGGCACACGCUUCGUUUGCGUUCAACAGUUAUUAUCAGAAGAAGGCACGUGCUGGUGGUAGCUGCUAUUUCGGGGGCACGUCCUACGUGGUCACGCAGGAGCCUAAGUAUGGUAGCUGUGAAUUUCCUACUGGAUACUGAAGUGGAGUGAUACAUAUAUGAUAUAUCCUUCAUGAGCAUGAUGAUGAUGAACCUGGAUCUGGCUGAUUUUGCUUUAGUGUAAAGUACAAGAAGGCGGUUGGGAGUUUCUGGGAGAGGGAGGCUUGAAAUAGUUGUUAAGUUAUUUGCUGAUGAUCACCUAUGAAGAUUUUUUUGGGGAUUGUGGAUUGUAGUGGUUGAAUAAUAUUUGACCUGUUUGGUGGGAAUGGGGGUAAGCUUAAGUUAAUUAACUUUGUAGGCUAAAUUGUAUCUAUGUUUUCACUUUGCUUUAGUAGACUUAUUUGGACUCAUGUUAUUGCACUCCAGGUUUCAUUACAUUUGGAGUCUAGUUAAUUAAGGCAAUUUUUUUUGUCUUUCUAUAUAUAUGCACUAAUUAUUGGAGUAUCUUUUACAA